UGGACUUUUACUGGGCCUAUCUUUUCUUUAUAAAACCCAAAAAACACACUCAUUCUCACCCACUUUCUUCUCCUCCUUAAAACCCUAAAAUUCAACCCAUUUCUUCACACGCAGCAUCCAAUUUUCUUACUGUUAUUUCGAGUGAAAAAAGAAGAGUUUAAUUUGACAUUGUUGAGUGGAUUUUUGAGGAAUCAUGUCGGACGAUGAGAGAGAGGAGCAAGAGUUGGAUCUUACUUAUCCUGAAGUUGUUACUAAAUACAAGAGUGCUGCUGACAUUGUCAACAGGGCUUUGCAGCUAGUGGUUGCAGAAUGUAAGCCAAAAGCUAAAAUUGUUGAUAUUUGUGAGAAAGGGGAUUCUUACAUUAGAGAGCAAUCUGGUAACAUGUACAAGAAUGUGAAAAAGAAGAUUGAGAGAGGUGUUGCCUUUCCGACCUGUAUUUCUGUCAACAAUGUUGUUUGUCAUUUUUCGCCACUAGCGAGUGACGAAUCAGUGCUGGAGGAUGGCGAUGUAGUGAAAAUUGAUUUGGGAUGUCACAUUGAUGGGUUCAUUGCUGCUGUUGCGCACACCCAUGUAAUCCAAGAAGGCGCAGUAACUGGCAGGAAAGCGGAUGUUAUUGCGGCGGCUAACACUGCUGCUGAAGUUGCUUUGAGGCUUGUCAGGCCUGGCAAGAAGAACAAAGAUGUAACAGAAGCUAUCCAGAAAGUUGCUGCGGCGUACGACUGCAAAAUUGUUGAAGGUGUCCUUAGUCACCAGCUGAAACAGUUUGUGAUUGAUGGAAACAAGGUCGUGUUGAGUGUAUCAAGUCCUGAUGUGAGAGUUGAUGAUGCUGAAUUUGAGGAAAACGAAGUUUAUUCUAUUGAUAUAGCUGCAAGUACGGGUGAGGGGAAGCCUAGAAUGCUGGAUGAGAAACAAACAACUAUUUACAAAAGAGCUGUGGACAAGAACUAUCACUUGAAGAUGAAAGCAUCGAGAUUUAUAUUCAGUGAAAUUAACCAGAAAUACCCUAUCAUGCCAUUUACAGCAAGGGCUUUGGAGGAAAAGAGGGCUCGCCUUGGACUAGUAGAAUGUGUCAAUCAUGACCUUUUGCAACCCUAUCCUGUUCUUCAUGAGAAGCCUGGUGAUUAUGUAGCUCAUAUCAAAUUCACUGUUCUUCUCAUGCCAAACGGGUCAGAUCGCGUAACAUCCCAUCCUUUGCAAGAGCUGCAGCCAACUAAAACCAUCGAGGACCCUGAAAUUAAAGCUUGGUUAGCGUUGGGAACCAAGACAAAGAAGAAAGGUGGUGGGAAAAAGAAGAAAGGCAAGAACAAAUCUGGAGCUGAAGAGUCUGCAGAAGCAGAACCAAUGGCUGAAACCUCAAAUGGUGCUACAGCUGAAAAUUGAAAAGACGAAAAAUGUGUCACUUCAAAUUUUGUUACUUGUUGAUUCUCUUUUGUAUUUGCUUGUUGAUGGGCAACUUAAACAUAUUUAGAUGUUGAUCUUUCUAUAUUUCAUGUUGCCUCUCACUUCUGUGUAAAGUUCUGGGUUUGAGCCCAAGGAAUGAAUUUUUCUUGACACACAGUA